AUGUCGCUGCCAUCUUUACCUGACAUUCCCUUGGGACUCGCGCUCCCCGCCGCAGCGACAACCCUGGCUUAUCUGAACGCAAGGUGGUCCUUAUUCUACGAUAUAAAUAUGAUCAAGUCGCUGUUAAAGAUGAGCAUCAAGGCCCGUUUUGCGGAACGUGGGGACCGGAUGAGCUUCUUCUACGUCCUUGAGAACUAUGCGCUGGCAUCGACAACCAGGGACAGCACAUUUCUUGUGUACAAUGGCCGGUCCUACACAUAUCAUGAGACUUACCUAAUGGCGCUGCGCUACGGGUCCUGGCUCAAGAAGGCGCACAGCGUCCAGCGCAAGGACAUUGUGGCGAUUGAUCUUAUGAACUCGUCAACCUUUGUAUUUCUCGUGCUUGGCAUCUGGAGUAUCGGGGCAGUUCCUGCGUUCAUCAACUAUAACUUGAGUGGCAAACCCCUCACCCACUCGGUCCGGACCUCCACCGCGAAUCUGCUUUUGGUUGAUGAGGAAGUCCGCAACUGCUUUCCGCCGGAGCAGCUCAAGACCUUUGCUUCUCCGGACUUCCGUGAUGGGAAGGGCCCGGUGGAGGUAGUGUUCAUAAACCCCGAGGUCGAGGCCCAGGUCUUGGAGCUGGAACCUGUCCGUGAGGAUGACAAAGUGCGCAGUGGCGUGAGCUCGCGCGACAUGGCCUUGUUGAUCUAUACUAGCGGCACGACGGGUCUCCCCAAGCCUGCCAUUGUCAGCUGGAGGAAGUGUUGGUCUGGCACCCUAUUCACUGGCAAUUGGAUGCAUGUUACGCCGUCAGACCGACUCUUCACGUGUAUGCCUCUCUAUCAUUCUUCCGCUGCCGUGCUUGGGUUUUUGAUGUGCUUAAUGAAUGGAGCAACUGUGAUUAUUGGCCGGCGAUUCUCCGCACGCAAUUUUAUGAGGGAGGCUCGUGAGACCGAUGCCACCAUCGUCCAAUAUGUGGGCGAGACGCUGCGUUAUAUUCUGGGCGUGGCGCCUGAGAUCGACCCGGUUACCGGUGAAGACCUUGACAAGAAGCACAACAUCCGCUUGGCGUUUGGAAAUGGCUUGCGUCCAGAUAUCUGGAAUGGUUUCAAGGAUCGGUUUAACAUCCCCACGAUCGCUGAGUUCUAUGCUGCCACAGAGGGCACAUCGGGCCAAUGGAAUCUCUCGACAAAUGACUUCUCUGCUGGUGCCAUCGGCCGCAAUGGAGCCAUUGGAAACAUCAUUUUCGGCCGUGGAACUGCUAUUGUGGACGUCGAUUUCGAGACUCAGGAGCCGUGGCGCGACCCCAAGACUGGCCUUUGCAAGAAGGUCCCUCGAGGCGACCCGGGCGAGUUGCUAUAUGCUCUUGAUGCGACAGACCCCGCCGCCAGUUUUCAAGGUUAUUUCAAAAAUUCCAAGGCCACCGAAGGAAAGAUUGUGCGGGAUGUGCUGAAGAAGGGCGACGCGUACUUCCGCACCGGAGACAUGGUACGAUGGGAUGCAGAUGGACGGUGGUUCUUUUCAGACCGUCUGGGCGACACGUUCCGGUGGAAGAGCGAGAACGUGUCUACCAACGAAGUUGCCGAGGUCCUAGGCUCCCAUCCCGAAGUGCACGAGGCCAACGUCUACGGCGUGGCCCUUCCCAACCACGACGGCCGUGCCGGAUGUGCAGCAAUUGUCCUCAAUCAGCAGAUCGCGAGCGGCACUUCCGGUCCCGUCUUGGAGCCGUCGCGCGAAACGCUCAACAGCCUUGCCGCCCAUGCCCUGAACGGUUUGCCUCGAUUCGCUGCUCCACUCUUCCUUCGCGUUACCCCUGAGAUGCAAGCGACUGGCAACAACAAGCAGCAGAAACAUGUCUUGCGGACCGAGGGCGUGGACCCGUCGCUUGUCUCCAACCACGACCGGCUGUACUGGUUGCAGGGCAGCUCCUAUGUACCCUUCGAGCAGAAAGACUGGAACCGCCUGACUGGAGGCCAAGUCCGGCUCUGA